UAAAAGCCACGUUCCGAACUGACAAUCGCAGAUCUUCGCUCACUCAGAGACUGCAGGAGCAUCGGAGACGACAGAGAUAGAUUACGUCAAGAAAUAGUUCCUCCACCUACCUCGUUCGGCCUCCCCGCCCCUGUGGGGCUCCCCGAGCCCAGCUCAGCCCUGGGGGUCCAAGAACCCUGGCUUCUAAAACUGGCAUUUUCACCUUUUUUUUUUUUUUUUAAUCCUCAUGGUAGGGGGAGCCAUCUGCUUUUGGCUGCACAUGGUCAAGGAGGGGGGGGGUGUUCCCUGAUGAGAUAUGAGUCGUCCGGGGUGGGGUGUCCAGCGCCUUGGGUCCAGAGUUGCAGAUCGCCAGGAGAACACAGGUCGCGGGGAUCAGCAGAGAGAAGGGGGUGGUAAAGGGGGGAAAAAGCAAGGGGGAAAAAAGCCCCUGCGCAUUGAUCCGCGCCGUAUUUUUGGGUAAAUACGAUCACGUGGGGGCUAGGGAACCAAUGAGCUGCCGGGAAAAGGCUGGAAAAAUAAUUACCUGCCUUGAUUGUUCUGUGAGCAGAUAAAAAGUACAUAUACAGUUCAUACAAUAAUCUUAUGUAUGUAAAACCCUGUUACGAUGUCGGCGACGGGGCCCAUCAGUAACUAUUACGUGGACUCGCUCAUCUCUCACGACAAUGAAGACCUCCUAGCGUCCAGGUUUCCGGCCACCGGGGCUCACCCUGCCGCCGCCAGACCCAGCGGCUUGGUGCCGGACUGUAGCGAUUUUCCGUCCUGUAGCUUCGCGCCCAAGCCGGCCGUGUUCAGCACGUCGUGGGCGCCCGUGCCCUCACAGUCGUCCGUGGUCUAUCACCCGUACGGCCCCCAGCCCCACCUCGGCGCCGACACGCGCUACAUGCGGACUUGGCUCGAGCCGCUGUCCGGCGCCGUCUCCUUCCCCAGCUUCCCGGCCGGGGGCCGUCACUACGCCCUCAAGCCCGACGCCUACCCCGGGCGCCGAGCGGACUGCGGCCCAGGCGACGGCCGCAGCUACCCGGACUACAUGUACGGCUCGCCCGGGGAGCUGCGCGACCGCGCCCCGCAGACGCUGCCCUCGCCCGAGGCGGACGCGCUGGCCGGCAGCAAGCACAAAGAGGAGAAGGCCGACCUGGACCCUAGCAACCCCGUGGCCAACUGGAUCCACGCCCGUUCCACAAGGAAGAAGCGCUGCCCCUACACCAAGUACCAGACGCUGGAACUGGAGAAGGAGUUUCUCUUCAAUAUGUAUUUAACCAGGGACCGACGAUACGAGGUGGCCCGUGUUCUCAAUCUCACUGAGCGGCAGGUCAAAAUCUGGUUUCAGAAUCGGAGGAUGAAGAUGAAAAAGAUGAAUAAAGAGAAAACCGACAAGGAGCAAUCCUAAGCCUUGCCUCAGCCUGCUGCCUCCGCACAGCCAAGGGAAACACAAAAACCCCACAAAAAUGCCCCAACCCAGGCGGGAGAAAACACGAAAAGAAAAGGAAAGAGCAAGAUAGAGAAAAGCCCACCAUCUUAAAAAGGAAAAAAGGAAGGAGAAAAUGCAAACUCUUGCGAUGUGGGAGGGUUAAGUGUUGAGAAAUUGGUGUUUAGAGUUAGUUCUAUCCAGCAAGGAGGAGGCAGGAAAAACCGCGGUCUCUUCCCCCCAGCGCAACCGAAAUAAAUGACACACACAAAUGUGA